GAGUUAAAACUCUCAGGAAGAUGGACGUCGCCGGGCGGAGAAGUAAAGUUAUUCACAGCUGAUACUGUGAGCUUGAAAUGGCACGGAAAAACCAUUAAAACUAUCACAUUGGCUGGAAAUUCGACUGAGACAUACGAAUUGUCUAAGAUUCUGACAUCUAUAUGUGAAAGUUCAGUCGAAAAUCAAGGCAGCAAUACAGAGAGAUGUCAAGACUACUUCGAUAAUGACGACAACACCGAAAUAAGCAUGGAUGCCACCUCAGGUAAAAGGCUUAAUACAACUGGUUUAUAUAUAUGCAAUGACCAAGAGUCAUUGGAGAACUCUUUUAAUAAAAGUGGCAAUACUAUAGCUGACGAAACCAACUCGGGGGAUGGCAUGCUUGAGAAUAUUGAGAAUAACAAGUUUGUUAUGACUGACGAAACCAACUCGGGGGAUGGCAUGCUUGAGAAUAUUGAGAAUAACAAGUUUGUUAUGACUGAUAAUUCAUGUCAGACAAAUAAUCAGACAGCGAAGGAACGCUGGGGUCUUAAUCAUUCAUGUACAUUGGAUCAAGUUACUACCGAUAUUGACAGUCUAACAUCUAAAAUGUCUACCCUUCAGUCGUCAGUUUUGUCUUUUGAAAAUGUACUCAAAGAUCAUGACACGAUAUUAUCUUUAUAUAAGAGAGCGGCGGAUUUAAACGAAAAAUAUUUAGUUGAAAUAAAUGAGAAAACAAGAUACAUAAAUUCUCUUGAACAAAAGCUAAUUAAAAUCGAGGAAGAAAGAGACUCUCUACAGCUCGCGACAAGGCUUAUUGCACAAGACAAACUUUGUCAACAUAGGGGUAAUAGUGUCAGUUGCCAGUGCCGCAAAAGCAACCCCGUACCAUGGCAAAAAAUUCCUAAUAGUAAUAAAAACUUUCAUAAAACUAACAGUGUAAGUCAACCACAAAUAACGUAUAAUAGAUAUGAAUGUCUAAUUGAUGAGGACGAAAUUGCUGAAGUUGUUCAGCCGGAACAAUCGGCACAAUGCCCACCGGAGCACACAAGCCAUCCUACUGGUAAUGAAUGUCUAAUUGUUGAGGGUGAAACUGAUGAAAUUGUUCAGCCGGAACAAUCAUCACAAUGCCCACCUGAGCACACGAACCAUCCCACUGGUAAUGUUUAUCAAAAUCCCAAUCACCCUGGAGACCAAAGUGCAAGACCGUGUGUUGUCUUAAUCGGCGAUUCUAUCAUUACAAACAUCAUUCCACAGAAGCUGUCGCAGAAAAGAGUGCAUAAAUUUACAUACCCAGAUAAAUCAGCGGACGAAAUAGAGUUUGAAAUACGCAAUAUAGAUCAAAACCUAGCGCCCUCUCAUGUUAUAUUGCACUGUGGAACAAACAAUCUUCCAACAGACGACCCAAAUGUUUGUGCAAGGCAAAUUUCCCAAUGCACAAAUCGGAGUGUCAACUAUCGCAUAUAG